AGGUUCCUGGUUUUCAGAUGAUGUCCUGGCAAGAGAAGCAUGAGGGCCCCCAUCCAUGUCUUAUCCGUCAACUGGAUCACCUGGUGUUGACUGUGAAGAGCAUUGAGGACACCAUAGGCUUUUAUUCCAAAGUCCUGGGUAUGGAAGUGGUCACUUUCAAGGGCAACCGGAAAGCGCUACGUUUCGGGAACCAAAAGUUUAACCUCCACGAGGCUGGGAAGGAGUUUGAACCCAAGGCUCGCAGACCAGUUCCUGGUUCCACAGAUGUCUGUCUGAUCACAGACACCUCGCUAGACCAGCUAGUGGGACACCUGAAGGCCUGUGGUGUGACUAUUGAAGAAGGCCCAGUGCCCAGAACUGGUGCCAUUGGUCCAAUCACAUCCAUCUACUUCCGAGACCCAGAUGAAAACCUGAUUGAGGUUUCCACCUACAGCACUGAUUUGGCUAUCGACGGAGUGAAGCAUUAGCCACAAUCCUCCUUCCACACACACACCCCCAACCUCCUCAACACUAGAGGCAAGCAAAGGAGGCUGUGAUUUUGCUUUGUUCAUUUGCAGUGCAUUGUAGGAUGGGGUUUGAGAAUACAUCAGUUUGUGUCCAUGUCCAUUCUGCCAGGCUCCUGAUAUAGCGGGACAUAUCAGGCGUCACGCCCAAAGGAAACCUGCACAACACAUUCAAAAGAUGAGCCAGGGCUGGGAGCUUAAAUUCAUGAGUCUUCUAGACACUAAAAAUCAGGGACUGCACAGAGACACUGGAUUUAUGACUUAUUACAACAAUCUGCUACCCACUAACUCCCCCCACUUUUUGUCCUAUGACUGCAAAGGUGUUAACUCUACCUUGAAAAGUCCCAUGCAAUAUGUGCUAACUACUUAUGCUAAACAAUCUGUUCCACUGUUCAUUUGCAGUGAUGCUGGGAGCACCUUUCCCAGCCCUGAAGAAGAGCUCUAGGUAGCUCACAGCCUGGCUUUCCCACCAACAGACAUUUUCC